AUGCGAGGGGCAUACUCUCUCGGCGCCUUUGCCAGUCUCAUCGCGGUAGCUUCGGCUGCCUGCCCAAUGCUGACUGGCGAAAUCCCAGCAGGCAGCAUUGCAAACCCUCAUCACCUUGGAAGCCGCGCUGACUCGAAUGCUUCCGACGAAACAGAAGCCUUUCUGUCCGAAUUCUACCUUAAUGACAACAACAGCUUCCUCACUACCGAUGUGGGCGGCCCGAUAGAAGACCAAAACAGUCUCAAGGCCGGCAUUCGCGGAUCAACGCUCUUGGAGGAUUUCAUCUUUCGCCAGAAGAUUCAGCGCUUUGAUCACGAGCGUGUGCCCGAACGCGCUGUGCAUGCUCGAGGUGCUGGUGCUCAUGGUGUAUUCACAUCGUAUGCUGAUUGGUCCAACAUCACCGCUGCUUCAUUCCUAGGAGCUGCCGGAAAGGAAACGCCCACCUUUGUACGCUUCUCGACUGUUGCCGGCAGUCGUGGUAGUGCCGAUACCGCUCGUGAUGUUCACGGCUUUGCUACCCGCUUCUAUACUGACGAAGGCAACUACGAUAUCGUUGGAAACAACAUUCCCGUCUUCUUCAUCCAAGACGCUAUUCAGUUCCCUGACCUCAUUCAUGCAGUCAAGCCACAGCCAGCCAGUGAAAUCCCACAGGCCGCUACUGCCCACGACACUGCUUAUGAUUUCUUCGGCCAGCAGCCUAGUACCUUGCAUACCCUCUUCUGGGCAAUGGCAGGUCAUGGUAUCCCGCGGUCUUUCCGCCAUGUUGACGGAUUCGGCGUUCACGCUUACCGAUUUGUGACUGACGACGGCUCUUCAAAGCUAGUCAAAUUCCACUGGAAGUCCUUACAGGGUCGUGCAAGCUUAGUCUGGGAAGAAGCUCAAGCCACUGCUGGCAAGAAUGCUGAUUUCAUGAGGCAAGAUCUGUUUGACAAUAUUGCAGCUGGCCGGUACCCAGAAUGGGAGCUCGGCGUGCAACUUAUCGAGGAACCAGACCAGCUCAGCUACGGAUUUGAUCUGCUUGAUCCCACCAAGAUACUCCCAGUUGAACAAGUUCCAAUCACCCCGCUCGGAAAAAUGCAACUCAACCGUAACCCGCUAAACUACUUUGCUGAGACCGAGCAAGUAAUGUUCCAACCUGGUCACAUUGUUCGUGGCAUUGAUUUCACAGAGGACCCUCUUCUCCAAGGCCGUCUAUUUUCUUACCUCGACACUCAGCUUAAUCGCAACGGUGGCCCCAACUUUGAGCAGAUUCCGAUCAACCGUCCUCGUGUUCCUAUCCACAAUAACAACCGAGACGGUUUUGGCCAGAUGUUUAUUCCACUCAACGAUGCGGCAUACUCGCCAAACACCCUAAGCGAUGGCAACCCUAAGCAGGCAAAUGAGACUGUUGGAAAUGGUUUCUUUACUACUCCAGGACGCACUGCCAAUGGAAACCUCGUCCGCGCCAAAAGCCCAACGUUUGCGGAUGUGUGGUCCCAACCUGGCCUCUUUUACAACUCCUUGACAGCCACCGAACAACAGUUUGUCAUCAAUGCUCUGCGGUUCGAGCUAGCCAAUGUAGCAAGUGAGACUGUGAAGAAUAACUUCAUCACCCAGAUCAAUCGCGUAAACAACACCUUGGCAACACUUGUAGCCACUGCAAUUGGUGUCAAUGCUCCUGAACCCGACCCGACUUACUACCACCACAACAAGACGUCUGAUGUGGGAACAUUCGGUACUCCUCUGAAGAAGAUUGAUGGUCUCAAGGUCGGAGUCCUUGCUUCUGUCAACGAUGAAAACAGUAUUUCCGAGGGACAGUCUCUAGCACGAAGCUUGGCGGAUUUGAAUGUGGACGUCGUUAUUGUCGCUGAACGACUUGCUGGUAAUGUCUCAGCUACAUACUCCGCAUCUGACGCUAUCAACUUCGAUGCUGUUAUUGUCACUUCAGGGGCUAAGGGUCUCUUUGGACCUCAAACCUUCACCGCCGUAUCCAACACCACUCUUUAUCCCGUGGGCCGUCCCACGCAGAUUUUGGUCGACGCUUUCCGCUACGGCAAGCCGGUUGGAGCAGUGGGUAGUGCAAGCGAAGCGCUGACUGUUUCGGACAUUGAUACUGACCGCAGUGGUGUGAUUACUGGUGAUUUGAACGACGAGUUUGUGAAGCAACUGUCGGAGGACCUUGCAACAUUCAAGUUCUUGGACCGCUUCACCGUCGACGAGUAGACGUUUCCACGAUUAACACGAGUAACUUGUUUAGUGAUGGCUGCACAGUCGAUUAUUUUGUAUCUUUUAAGUCUUCUUCAAGACUAAUUAUCCUAGUCGGAUUAGCAUACUGGCUACUAGUAUGGCCUGGAAUAUACAUACGUUAACGAUACG